UUGGUGGUGUUGUCAAGCGGAGGCUUACUGUUGCUGCAAUUAAAAUUCCUGCCUUGGAUGUGGACUAUGGGUCCAGUUCAUCACUUUACAAACACUGAGUGAGGAUGAUCUGGUGAGGGAAAACCAUUGAAAGGAGAAUGUGUCGCAUCCUGAGGCCCACUGGUAGUCAACCCCUCCCAGGAGCCAGGAGACCAGCCCAGACCCCCCUCCUCUAGCUGGGACACCUCUCUGACCCCACCUUGGAGCUCACCCCAGCUGCCUUUUAACUUCAUGAAGAACUCUGACGUUGGUGAUGUUAUGAAUAAAUUUGAAGUCCUUGGGAUCGUAGGUGAAGGUGCCUAUGGAGUGGUCCUGAAGUGCAGACACAAGGAGACCAAUGAGAUUGUGGCCAUUAAGAAGUUCAAGGACAGUGAAGAGAAUGAGGAGGUUAAGGAGACCACACUCCGUGAGCUGAAGAUGCUCCGAACCUUGAAGCAGGAGAAUAUCGUGGAGCUGAAGGAAGCCUUCCGCAGGAGGGGGAAACUCUACCUGGUGUUUGAGUAUGUAGAGAAGAACAUGCUGGAGCUGCUGGAGGAGCUUCCUAACGGAGUGCCGUCUGAUAAAGUCAGGACCUACAUCUACCAGCUGAUCAAAGCUAUCCAUUGGUGUCAUAAGAACGACAUUGUCCACCGGGAUAUAAAGCCAGAGAACCUUCUAAUCAGUUCUGAUGACAUCCUCAAGCUAUGUGACUUCGGCUUCGCCCGUAAUCUCUCAGAGGGAAAUGAUGCCAACUACACAGAGUACGUGGCCACUAGAUGGUACCGCUCUCCAGAACUACUGCUGGGGGCGCCGUAUGGUAAGGCAGUUGACAUGUGGUCAGUAGGCUGUAUCCUGGGGGAGCUGAGUGAUGGCCAGCCGUUGUUCCCAGGAGAGAGUGAGAUAGAUCAGCUCUUCAUCAUCCAGAAGGUCCUGGGACCACUGCCUACUGAACAGAUGAAACUCUUCUACAAUAACCCUCGAUUCCACGGGCUACGGUUCCCAGCAGUGAACCACCCCACCACUCUGGAGAGGAAGUACCUGGGGUUCAUCAGUGGACCCCUGCUGGACCUCAUGAAGAACCUGCUGCUGUUGAGUCCUACAGAGCGGUUUCUAACGGAGCAGAGUUUGGACCACCAUGCCUUCCAGACACCGCGACCGGUGGAGCGAACUGGACCUCCUACACCAACACCAGUCCGCUCCUCUAAGAGGAAGCCUCAUCACACGGACAACAGCGCCCCCACCAGGAGUCAUGGUGUUAAGGGUUCAGACCACCACCGCUCAGCUAGUAGAGACUGUUCCAGCCUGCCCCGUCACGAAGACCUCCAACCUAGCAAUCACCCUAGCAACGACAGCUUCCUGAAUGGCAACAGCUUGAGCCCCACCCUCCGCCCCAAGACCUAUGCCCCGGUCCCCCAGCUCCUGAAUCGCUCAGCCUCCUGCUCCAAGGACCUAGCCAACAACAACCUGCCCCACCUCCUCAGCCCCAAGGAGACCAAGAGCAACCUACCCCACCUCCUCAGCCCCAAAGAGACCAAGAACAAAGACUUUGACUUCACCUCCGGAGCCAAGGCCACAGAUGGGCCGGGAGCGAAGUACCUCAAGUCCAACAGCCGCUCUCAGCAGAACCGCCAUAGCUUCGUAGAGGGAAAGACCAGCACCCUGAUGUCUGGAGACAAACACAGAGCCAGAGACCGAGACCGCCACAGCUACAUGGGGGAGCAUGGGUCCUCUAAGUCUGCAGGAGGGUUUGGGUUAGCAGGAGGCUCCUAUAUAAACCUUUCUAAGAGCCACGGGGCCCUCAACAACGCCAAGUCAGUAGGGAACCUUAGCGACCCACGUAUCCAUGGUGACGAUCCUCCAUCACGCUACUUCCCUACUUCCUGUCUUGACCUCAACGCUCCUGGCAGCCCGGCGACCGGUCAUCAUCGUCACAGCCCUGCAGGCCGGCGCUCGGAGAGAGAGAGCAAUACGCUAGACUCCUCAUCCCGACGCACCUCCUCACGACACAAGAGCUCUGAGGAGGCCAAGUCCCCUGAGGGAGGAGACCCGGGAGGGGGAGGAGGUGGAAGCCAUGGUCACUCCCUGUCCACCCCUCAUGAGGCCUUCCCCUACGGCCUGGGCUACACAUCCCCCUUCUCCUCCCAGCAUAGACCUCACCGCCACUCCAUGUACGUGCGGCGGGAGCGUCAGAGGACCCACGGGGGGGGUAGUGAGGGGGGGCUGGCGGUGGGACAGGGGAUGUCCACCAGAGCCUCCAGCCUCCAGCUCCUCUCCCCCCAGCUGCAGCACCGCACCCUGCCCAGGCACUCUGGAGGAUCUUCUACAGAGGACAUCACCAGGGUGGGGAUGUUCCAUGAACAGCACCCAGAGGACGGAGUCUCUUCUAAAGAAAACCGCAUCAUCUACAGUGAGUCCAUGCCCAGGAGGGUUGGCAGCUUCUAUAGAGUGCCGUCCCCACGGCCAGAUAACGGAGGUCAGGGCAGCAGGGGGACAGGAGGGGGGGCAGUGGACGGAAGCACCUUGACCAACCAUCCCAAACGCCAGCCGGCCUUUGACCCCUGGAUGCGCCCAGAGAUCGUGGUGAUGAACCAAUCAGAGCCGACCAAAGAAAAGGAGAAGCAGGGCUUCUUCAGAGCAAUAAAGAAGAAGAAGAAGAAGAACAAGUCCAAAACGAACCAACCAGAUCCAUCAAACGCUCAAACAGGACGUCAUCAGGAGGUCCCAGGUGACGGGGCAGAUCACGUGGUCGUCCAGAAGUCCGCCCGGUCAUCGGGUCAUCAGAGCAGCCGCCACCGGAACCAGGAGCGGGACCAAUCACGGGAGAGAGACAGAGAACAAUCACGGGAGAGAAACUGGCCAUCAGAAAAAAUGUCUGAUGCACACUGUCAGGUUGUAAGGCAUCAAAAUAGAAGAAAUGCAAACGGGGGUAAAGCCACUAGCCAGCCACUCAAGUCUCUACGGAAGCUCCUUCACCUCUCCUCCUCCACCUCCAAUCAAACGGCCCCAUCUGAUAUACGCUUCCAGCCCCUGCCCAACUCCACCUCGGCUAAAGCGGGUUUCAGUGAGGGUCCCAGUCGGAGCCACGCAGGCUCCAGCACCCCCCAGCUAAAGAGCAGGCAGGCCGCCUACCCCCUCCCUGGUCAGAUGGAGUCCAGCUGGCACAACUCUGCCCUUGGCAGAGCUGAGGGAAACCCUUACCCCGAGCAACACGGAGGGAGGGAAGGCAAGGGGGGCCAGAACGGACAUGGGUUCGGGCGGCCCUCACGCUCACGCAUUCCAAAUCUCAAUGACCUGAAAGAGACUGCUCUUUAGAGAGCUGCUUUAACCUUGACACCUGACCCCAGACCUCUCUCUGCUGCCCAGACUUAUCUCUACUGCCCAGACCUCUCUCUGCUGCCCAGACUUCUCUCUGCUGCCCAGACUUCUCUCUACUGCCCAGACCUCUCUCUACUGCCCAGACCUCUCUCUGCUGCCUAGACUUCUCUCUGCUGCCCAGACUUCUCUCUACUGCCCAGACCUCUCUCUGCUGCCCAGACUUCUCUCUGCUGCCCAGACUUCUCUCUGCUGCCCAGACUUCUCUCUACUGCCCAGACCUCUCUCUGCUGCCCAGACUUCUCUCUACUGCCCAGACUUCUCUCUGCUGCCCCAGACUUCUCUCUGCUGCCCCAGACUUCUCUCUGCUGCCCCAGACUUCUCUCUGCUGCCCAGACUUCUCUCUGCUGCCCAGACUUCUCUCUACUGCCCAGACCUCUCUCUACUGCCCAGACUUCUCUCUACUGCCCAGACCAGUCGGCUUCAUUGUUUAUUUUUUAAAGCUUCCAUAUUUGAUAGAAUUUGUAAUAUUACCUAUGUCAUUCUGAUUAUUAUAAUAUUUGUCAGUUAAUAAUUGCAAAUUAAUCAUAUAUGUAAAUGCUAUUUAAGAUAUAAAGUGUAUUUGUUAGUCUGCUUGCACACAAUUGAAAUAUGACAUUUUGUUUCACAGUAUUUGCAUUAUAUUUCCUUAAGAAUAUAUGAAGUUCAAAUUAAGUUUUUUGAUUGUUACAAUGUAGACCAUUCCUUCCCAUCAGUUAGUCUGUGCUGUGGAUUCAGUCUGUCUCUUGACGUCCAGACUGAUGGAAGACGCUCUAUAGAGGGUUAAAGCUUUAGUAUUUAGGACAAUGUUACGGCAAUGCGUUGUCCAUCUCCAAACAGAUCAGAUUUUAUAUACAUUGCUGUAGUUAGUAAACCAAUGUUCUGUGUUGACAAUCAAGAGAAUCUUGUGUUUGAUGUCAUUUGAUAGGAGAGGGCUAGUCUCAGGAGAAAUCCCAAGUUUUUGAUACAAUACUAACCCUAACCCAUGCUGGCCUGUGGUACCAUUUCACCUGUAAUACUUCACCUUAAUAGCUAUGUUUUCAUAAACUAUUUUUGUUGUUGAGAUUUAGGACAUUUGCAUAGAAAAUAGAUGUGACAGUUGCCUGCUAUGGUGAGUUUCCAUUUAACUAUCCUGUGUCGACACUUAGAAAAUAGAUGUGACAAUUGCCUGCUAGGGUGGUUUUGCAUCUUGUGUCGAUAAAAACAGCUGGACGUAAGGACUUCACAUGAAACAGAAGUGGUUGAAUUGUUUCCAUUACCGUUUAGGCAAAUUGCGCAUUAAUAAAUUGGUGACAGCCUGUCUGCCCUCCCA